AUGCCAUCAAGACAAUACGUAAUCGACAAACCUCUCUUUAAAAAAAGCUACGGCAUUUCGCCUAAAAGCAGUCCAGACCAUCGCCAAUACGCCCGUAUCAGACACUCCACAGGUGCUUCUCCUGAUAUUGCCCUCCACGAUGGCUCUGACAGCCAGUCCCCCGUUAUUGCCGUCGCAUACAUCAUGAAAACUCAACUUGGCUUUAAAAUUGGUCUGGGAGACCCCAAAGAUGCACACGCCAUGAUAUGGGAAGACAUGAAGUACGCGAAUAAACUGCGCACCAAUUUUGCCUGGUCCAUGGAAUUACCUUUCAGACGGGACUCAAUAUCCACCAACAACACCAAUGAUGAGGAACACGCGAGACGGCCGGAUCUCAUGUGGAAAAAGACUCGCAGUGUGGCCGUGGACGAAGGGUCAAUUCACGCAAUGAGUACUCGGAAUUGGAAGCUUGUUGACCAAGAUGAGAAUAUUUUGGCUGUAUUCACGAGUAACAUCUCACGGGGUCAAGCGGGCACCUUGCAGGUUAAUGUGGAUUUUGGAAAGGAAUUUGACACCAUGAUUUUGAUGACAUUAUUGGCCUUGUAUGAGCGAUCUAGGAGGCAGUGA